CCGUGGCGCAGGAAAUAACAAGCAAACCGCAGUGGAGACGGGAAAUGAUGUCGGCAAAAUCCGAACCAGGUUCUCAGAUGAGGCUGGGAAAGGUCUGCAGUCAGACGGGGUGCGAUGAAGGCCGUCCAGCCUCCCCCCAGCGCACCCACCGCUGCUCGUGGCCUCGAGCAAAGCCCCCGGGUUGUCUUUGCGCUUUGAAAUGUGGUCACGAAUUUUGGGUGCUCAACCUGAUACAACUCAAGCCUGACUUGAGCUGUUGGGAGCUGGACGUGACAGGCAGCCAAAGAGCCCCAAAACCUAGAUGUUUGCAAACGUCACUGUGAGGUUAUCAUGGCCUAGCUGCCUCCUGCGAGCUCUGUGCCCAAUCUUGCCCCCAAGCCCUCCAUCCAGGCUCGUCUCCUGCCUUCUGGGCUUCCCCGGGGUCCACGUGGCCCCUUGGGCAGCAGGAAAGCUUCUGGGGGGACAGUACAACAACAGCAGGUUUUGGGAGGAGAGGAAAGCGGCCCCAGACAGGAGCAAGGGGCUGGUUUGCCGGCCCCCAGCACUUGUUCCCAUCAUCGUGCAGUUGCGUAGCACGGCACAGCGCGGGGCGUCGGGGCCGAGGCCGCGGGUUUGGUGUCCCUGCUCCGCCGCAGUUCUCCCCACCCCCCCAAACGUCGCUUACUCUGUAGCUCUGUUUUGCAUGUGCAAAACAGGCUCAUCAAGCCUGACCUUUUAUGGGUGUUUUGAGGGCAAGGCGUGAUGGGGAAAAACCCCAGAGGAUCCAUCAGUGUCUUUUCAUCUGGCUGUUACCAACGGGGGUGGUUUGUAAUGCUGCUAUUUUUUUUUUCCCUGUGCUGCAUCAAAACUGUGCUGAGACCUGUCCAUCUCCAUCCUCCUGGACACCCAACCUGUCACAUCCAAGGCCACAGCCUACUGGUCUCAGCCAAAAGGGGACAUACCAAUGCCUUUGCAUGGGAGAGGGCACUGCCCCUCCUGAGCUGUACACCAGCUUCACCUUGGCACCCCAAAUCACCUGCCAGCUUCCUAAAACUCUCACUGAGCAGUCUCCCCAGCCCUGCAUCUCCUGUUGACCGGUCCAGUCUGGCAUGCCUAAAUGUCUUGGGUUCCUCAUGAAUCCCCACGCUAACCCACAGAGUCCACCAGCAUGCUCGUGUCCUACACCGACUCCUGCAGAGCUGUGCAGCUGCCAGCUCCGGGACCACGUAACAGGCCACGCUCCUGCUGACAUUUCCUUUCCAGGUGUUGCCAGAGGCCUGUCUUGGACACCUCCCUGGGGAACGCUGCCCUGCGAACGCCAGCCUCAGGAUUAACGACGAGGAGGAGGAGAAGGAACCAUGUUCCAGGCCAACGGACCUGCCAGCACACCCCCAGCUCACGAAGCAAAGAACAACUCAGGAGGGAGCACGGUGCAGCGCUCCAAGUCCUUCAGCCUGAAGGCCCAAGUGAAGGAGAUGUGCACGGCCUGUCAGAAAACCGUCUAUCCCAUGGAGCGCCUGGUGGCGGAUAAACUCGUCUUCCACAACGCCUGCUUCUGCUGCAAGCACUGCCACACCAAGCUCAGCCUGGGCAGCUACGCGGCGCUCCACGGCGAGUUCUACUGCAAGCCCCACUUCCAGCAGCUCUUCAAGAGCAAAGGCAACUACGACGAGGGCUUCGGGCGCAAGCAGCACAAGGAGCUGUGGGUGCACAAGGAAGUGGAGAGCGGGACCAAGUCGGCGUGAGCGGGCCCGGCCCCUCCUGCCCUGGAGCCCAGCAGAGAUGGCACAGAGCAGCGCUGAGCCAGGGGCUAACUGAGCUGAUGUAAAGCAAAGGCGACCCAUGAGCCUGUGGGCAGUAAGGGGAGGGAGGCAACCUCGUCCCAGGCUUUGGGGGCCUUUGGAGGGGGGUCCUGUGGGCUGUAAGGACAGGUAGAGGUUGCCGGGGUAUAGCCCUAAGCAAAGCCUGCUCUGCAGGCAUCUUUCCCUGAUGAGAUCAGGCAGAAGCACUUGACCCCACAACCCCCCAGCCCCCCUUCCCAAAUUUCAGACCUGCAACCGUAGAGGAGAAGACUUGGGGGGGCUCCAAGAGCCAGCUCCAACCUAGCCUGCAAGUCAAGAGCAGAGCUCCCAGCUCCUGUCACACCGCUCAUGCCUUGCUGGGGCUCCGAUUAAGGAGGGUCUUUGGUUUACAUCAGCUCGGUUCAGCUGGGAUCGUUCAGCCUUACAGAUGUUGCCCUGCGACUGUUUAACAGCGUUUGUCUUUUUUAUAUUUGCCUUUGAUUGGUACGUUCAGCACUGGAGCCUGGCACGGUGGCUUCACGCAUGACACUGCGCCACGUGCUCUUUUAUUUUUGUAAUACAACGUUUCUGAGCCUUC